CCAGGCUCAAUCCUUGGCGCCGGUUCCCCGCCCGCAACCACCUCCUCUCCCCCGCAGCCUGUCGGGGGGCCGCAGCACAGGCUGGCUGGACACGUGGGAGCCUCCGUCACACCCUCACUCACACACACACACACACACACACACACACACACACACACACACACAGGCCCGGGCGCGCGCACUCACACACACACACACACAUACACACAUAAACCAAAACACACACACCAGGAACCGCGCACCAGCAUCCCAUGCCAUUUCAGUGGCAGACACAGGCGCUCACGAAUCUCUUGGUGCCAGUCUGCAGGACAGCGACUCCCGAAACCAAGCCUGUCCUUGGCAAGCUGUUUCUGCUCUCCAGACAGCUCCUCUGCAGCUUCUGGCCCCGUUACCUGGAUCCGACCCUUUCUCGACCUAGGAAACAGUAAGAGGUGCAGGCUCCAGAAGCACCAGAGCUAUCUACAGAGUAUCGGGAUCAGUUCCAGGAUCCCUAAAAAUUCCUCACCUUGAAUCAAGACUCUAUAUGAUAUUCUUCGAUUUACUUCGUUUUGAAUAACAUUGGGAAAAAGACAUUUGCCUCAAAGGUGUCUUUUAAAUAAUACUUUCCAAUGCCUAAGAAUAGCAAAGUGGUUAAGAGAGAUUUAGAUGAUGAGGUUAUUGAGUCUGUCAAGGACCUUCUGUCCAACGAAGACUCACCCGAAGAGGCUUUUAAGAAGAGUGAACUAAUCGUUGAUGUUCAAGAAGAGAAAGACACCGAUGUCGAAGAUGGAUCUGAAGCAGAUGAUGAAAGGCCUGCUUGGAACAGUAAGCUGCAAUACAUUCUGGCUCAAGUUGGAUUUUCUGUAGGUCUGGGGAAUGUGUGGCGAUUCCCAUACCUCUGUCAGAAGAAUGGUGGUGGUGCAUAUCUUCUGCCAUAUUUAAUACUACUUCUGGUAAUAGGAAUUCCCCUCUUUUUCCUGGAACUUUCUGUGGGUCAAAGAAUUCGGAGGGGCAGCAUCGGGGUUUGGAAUUACAUAAGCCCUAAACUGGGCGGGAUUGGAUUCGCGAGCUGUGUAGUAUGCUACUUUGUGGCUCUUUACUACAACGUCAUCAUUGGCUGGACAUUGUUUUACUUUUCUCAGUCUUUUCAACAACCUCUUCCUUGGGACCAAUGCCCCCUGGUGAAAAAUGCAUCUCAUACUUAUAUCGAGCCAGAAUGUGAAAAAAGUUCCGCCACCACCUAUUACUGGUACAGGGAAGCGUUGGAUAUCACCAGUUCCAUCUCUGAAAGUGGAGGCUUGAACUGGAAGAUGACUGUCUGCCUGCUGGCUGCCUGGGUCAUGGUUUGUCUGGCCAUGAUCAAAGGCAUUCAGUCUUCUGGAAAAAUCAUGUAUUUUAGUUCUCUGUUCCCUUACGUGGUACUUGUAUGCUUCUUAAUCAGAUCUCUCCUUUUAAAUGGCUCAAUUGAUGGCAUCCGACACAUGUUUACCCCUAAGCUCGAAAUGAUGCUGGAGCCCAAGGUGUGGAGAGAGGCUGCCACUCAGGUCUUCUUUGCCUUAGGUCUGGGAUUUGGUGGAGUCAUUGCCUUUUCGAGCUACAAUAAGAGAGACAAUAACUGCCACUUCGACGCUGUUCUUGUGUCCUUCAUCAAUUUUAUCACUUCUGUCCUGGCGACGUUGGUGGUGUUUGCAGUCUUGGGCUUCAAAGCCAAUAUCGUGAAUGAAAAAUGCAUUUCACAGAAUUCUGAGAUGAUUUUGAAAUUUUUGAAAAUGGGGAACAUUAGUCGGGAUGUCAUUCCCCAUCACAUUAACCUUUCAGCUGUUACUGCGGAAGAUUAUCAUUUAGUUUAUGACAUCAUUCAAAAAGUAAAAGAAGAGGAGUUUGCUGUUCUUCAUCUCAACUCCUGUCAAAUCGAGGAUGAGCUAAAUAAAGCUGUGCAGGGCACUGGCUUGGCAUUCAUUGCCUUUACAGAAGCUAUGACUCAUUUUCCUGCAUCUCCGUUCUGGUCAGUGAUGUUUUUUCUCAUGCUGAUAAAUCUUGGACUUGGCAGCAUGUUUGGAACCAUUGAAGGAAUCAUCACUCCUGUUGUGGACACGUUCAAAGUGAGGAAGGAAAUACUCACUGUUAUUUGUUGCCUCUUAGCAUUUUGUAUUGGCCUGAUAUUCGUGCAGCGCUCUGGAAAUUACUUUGUUACAAUGUUUGAUGAUUAUUCUGCUACAUUGCCUCUGCUAAUUGUGGUCAUCUUGGAGAAUAUUGCUGUAAGCUUUGUUUACGGCAUAGAUAAGUUUAUAGAAGACCUAACGGAUAUGUUAGGCUUUGCUCCGAGCAGAUAUUACUAUUAUAUGUGGAAAUACAUUUCCCCUUUAAUGCUACUAACAUUGCUAAUCGCUAGCAUUGUGAAUAUGGGAUUAAGUCCUCCUGGCUAUAACGCAUGGAUUGAGGAGAAGGCUUCCGAAGAAUUUCUGAGCUACCCGGUGUGGGGGAUGGUUGUCUGCUUCUCUCUGAUGGCUCUUGCAAUACUUCCCGUCCCUGUUGUUUUCGUUGUUCGUCGCUGCAACCUCAUAGACGAUAGCUCCGGUAACUUGGCCUCUGUGACCUACAAGAGAGGAAGAGUCCUGAAAGAGCCUGUAAACUUGGAAGGAGAUGACGCCAGUCUCAUUCACGGCAAGAUACCAAGCGAAAUGUCGUCGCCUAAUUUUGGUAAAAAUAUCUAUCGAAAACAAAGUGGUUCCCCGACACUGGACACCGCUCCCAAUGGACGCUAUGGGAUUGGGUAUUUGAUGGCGGACAUGCCUGAUAUGCCAGAGUCAGACUUGUAGCUGAAAUGGCAGCAGCCUGCCGGCGUGGUUCAUUUUUAUCAAUGAUGUUGGUUCUACUAUGAGAAGCAUUGGGCUUCACUCAUCAGAAGGUGAUCUCAGGUGUCCAUGGCUGUGAUCUUUAAUCCCAACAGUAUAAAGUCAUCUAAGAAGAGUGUUCCUCAGUUUACAUUUGCACAGAAAUGGUUAAAAACAAAGCUGACAGUGACUGAGGUCAUAUUUUGCCAGGAUUUUUU